AUGUCGCCGUUGCCCGAAGAGUUCGACAUCAUCGUAUGUGGUGGUGGGAGCUGUGGGUGUGUGGUGGCAGGAAGGUUGGCCAACCUGGACCAUAACCUCACGGUCCUCCUCAUUGAGGCCGGGGAGAACAACCUCAACAACCCGUGGGUGUAUUGGCCGGGUAUCUACCCACGGAACAUGAAGUUGGACUCCAAGACGGCAACCUUCUAUGAGUCGCGCCCGUCGAAAUGGCUUGGCGGCCGCAGCGCCAUUGUGCCGGCGGCUCACGUCCUCGGUGGAGGAUCGUCCAUCAACUUCAUGAUGUACACUCGCGCCUCCGCGUCCGACUAUGACGACUUUCAAGCCAAAGGCUGGACAACCAAGGAGUUGAUUCCACUCAUGCAGAAGCACGAGACCUACCAGCGCGCCUCGCACAACCGGGACAUCCAUGGGUUUGAUGGUCCCAUCAAGGUCUCCUUCGGCAAUUACACUUAUCCGAUCAAGCACGACUUCCUUCGUGCUGUCGAGUCCCAGGGCAUCCCUGUGGUUGACGACCUCCAGGAUCUCAAGACGGGCCACGGUGCCGAACAUUGGCUCAAGUGGAUCAACCGGGAUACUGGCCGCCGCAGCGACAGCGCCCAUGCGUACAUCCAUGCCACCCGCGCUGUCCACUCGAACCUCUAUCUCGCCUGCGACACCAAGGUCGACAAGGUGAUCAUUGAGAACGGCCGCGCUGUUGCUGUGCAGACUGUCCCGACCAAGCCUAUUGGCGACAAUCGCGGAACUCGCAUCUUCCGGGCCCGCCGGCAGAUCGUGGUAUCUGCCGGCACACUGUCGUCCCCGCUGAUCCUGCAGCGCUCCGGAAUCGGCGAUCCUGACAAGCUCCGCCGCGCCGGAGUCAAGCCCAUUGUCGACCUGCCAGGCGUGGGUCUCAACUUCCAGGACCACUACCUGACCUUCGCUGUGUACAGAGCCAAGCCGGGCACCGAGUCGUUCGAUGACUUUGCCCGCGGCGACCCGGAGGUCCAGAAGCGCGUCUUCGAGGAGUGGCAUGUCAAAGGGACCGGCCCCCUUUCCACCAACGGCAUCGAGGCGGGCGUCAAGAUCCGCCCGACCGAGGCCGAACUCAAGGAAAUGGAGUCCUGGCCGACGCCGGACUUCAAGAAAGGUUGGGAGUCGUACUUCAAGAACAAGCCCGACAAGCCCGUGAUGCACUACAGCAUUAUCGCGGGCUGGUUUGGCGACCACAUGCUGAUGCCCCCCGGCAAUUUCUUCACCAUGUUCCACUUCCUCGAGUACCCCUUCUCGCGCGGGUGGACGCACAUCUCGUCGGCGGACCCGUACGCGGCGCCCGACUUCGACGCCGGCUUCAUGAGCGACGAGCGCGACAUGGCGCCCAUGGUGUGGGGGUACAUCAAGUCGCGCGAGACGGCGCGGCGCAUGGACGCGUACGCCGGCGAGGUGCAGGCCAUGCACCCCUUCUUCGACUACGACUCGGAGGCGAGCGCGCACGACCUCAACCUCGACGACACCAACCGCUACGCGCUGCCGGACAACAUCACCGCCGGCAUCCAGCACGGCAGCUGGAGCGUGCCGGUGCCCGAGCCCGACGCCCCGCGGCCCGGCCGCGCCGUCGUCAGCAGCAGCCGCAAGGAGAAGCGCGGCGAGCUGAAGUACUCCAAGAAGGAUAUCGAGGCCAUCGAGGAGUGGGUCAAGCGGCACGUCGAGACGACGUGGCACUGCCUGGGCACCUGCUCCAUGGCGCCCAAGGAGGGCAACAGCAUCGUCAAGCACGGCGUGGUCGACGAGCGGCUGAACGUGCACGGGGUGAAGGGCCUGAAGGUGGCGGACCUGAGCAUCUGCCCGGACAACGUGGGCUGCAACACGUACUCGACUGCGCUGCUGAUCGGCGAGAAGGCGGCCGUGCUGGUCGCCGAGGACCUGGGCUACUCGGGCGAGGCGCUCGCCAUGGAGGUGCCCGAUUACCAUGCGCCGGGCGAGAACCGCCUUGCGUCGAGGCUGUGA